UUCACCCUUGGCUCAUUCGAGACAGACCCGUAGCAGUCUUCGUACAUUGCACGUACGAAUACAGAUAUCGCGUGAAAAAGAAGAGAAAUUUCACAAUAGCCCCAGACGACCUUUUAUUCUUCCCGUCGGGUUAUUGUUUGUAAAAGAUUUGUUUUUCGGAACCAUACUGAUAAGCGUGCGAUCGAGUACUAAUUGCCUGAGUGAGUGAUAAAACAUUCGGUGAAUAUCCUAAUGUUAGCCGUGUAGUCGUGAAAAUAGUGUAGGAAAAUCGAUUUUUUUAUAUUUAUUGUUUGGAUGUAACGAUGACUGUAUUGUCUCAAGAUUAUUGCUAGUGUGAUUGGCAAGGUCCUUUGAAGAAGUAUCACGCGAGUGGUGGAUGCGUUGCGUGUGUGUAAUUGUACACGGCCAAUAAAAUCAGGCCGAAAGUUUGGCUAAUAAAACGCGUGUCUAUUUUUGUCUGUGCAUGCCCUAAAUUCAGUGUGAGAAAAGAGCCCAACAGAGUGCUUCUUGCAGCACGGGCCGUCAUGUUCGGCUAACAAUCCGCUUUUCAGAGGUGGAAAAUGGUGAAAAGUGGAAGAUCACAAAAGUAAACAACAUCGGUAUUUUGUCGCAUGUUUUGUAACGCUGUGAGGAGAAAAAAACAAGGUGCAAGAAACGGGAAACUAUUUCUCGGCACGACGGGUUCUGACCGCGAGCCGAAAGUAGAUCAGUGGUGCGUGUGAAAGAGUUAAGGCAGGAAAGGGGCACGAAAUGGCUCUUUCACCGGAUCCGUACGAGCAGCGUUUGUAUCACAUGUUCCAGGCGCACGAUGUUGACUCAUGCGGGCGGCUCGAUCGGGAUGCAUUGCUGAAACUUUGUGUAACACUGGAACUCAAAGAACGUGGCCAAUCGCUGGUGAAAUGUUUACUCAGCGAGGAUAAUCGUCGGGUUACGUUCAAGGAAUUUCGUGAAGGAUUGCUCCAGAUUCUCGGCGGGGAAGAGGACCCGGAAGAGCAGCGACAAGAGCGCUGUAAGCAACAAAUACCUGCUCAACAAGGUUCCGCCGAUGAUCAGAACGCAUCAACAGGUUCACCCACAGCAACAGCCCCAAGCAUCACCACCACAGGCAGUAACAGUCAUAAAGCACCGACGGCGACGGGUAGCAUAAUUUUCAACUCACCCAAACAUCACCAUCAUCCGCAUCUCAUCUGCCACCGUCAGCUGACAGACAGAAAGUCGGAGGUAGAGAGCGAAUCGACUGUCAAGAUAACGAUCAGCGGCGGCAGUAGCACAGUGCCAUCGGGCGAGGAUGAUCUCGUAACUUCAACAGCGACAACGACGCCAACAAAUCUGAUAACAACAACGACAGCCACCACCACGUCCGAUAACGAGAAUGACUCAUCCGAUCGGGAAGUGUCGCCCAAGUUUGUAGUGGGAACGAAAAAGUACGGCCGACGGUCACGUCCCCGGGAGGAUUGCAACGGAUUCGAAACCUCCUCCGAUUUCAGUAACUCGGACAACGAGUCGGUACCCCAGCCCGUUAUCGGUCAGCGGCAGCAGCACCAGCAGAUGGUACAAUCCCCACCGCCGUCGGACGCUGUAAGCAAAAUCUCCUCGAAAGUCCAUCGAUCCGCAUCGCAGAGCGACAUUCACGGCUCGAAACGACGUCGGCCAAUUAGCGGAAGUAGGCUUAAACGUUGCGCAUCAUUACCAACGCACCGGCAGCGACCGGAGCACAUCAGCAGUAAGCUGAACGCGAGAAACGUGAGCGCGCAGCUCAAUAUGGAUGAGAAGAUCGAUAAGAAGAUCUACUUCAUGCGGCUGUCGGAAAAUCUGCGGGAUAUCUGGAACUCGCUGGUGGUGAGUGGACACGGCGAUAUGCUAAAUCAGUCCCAGUUAGAGGUGGUUUGCGAGCGGGUUGGUCUGCAGAAGCUUCCGGCCAAGUUGGCCGCUCAUGAAGUUUUCGCCAAACUUUCGCUACAGCCAAUCGAGGGAAUCGGGUUCGAUGAGUUUAUUUCGCUGCUGCAAAGUGAUUCGGAUAUUCUGCAGAUCGGGGACGGCGGUGGUGGUGGCACCGAUGGGGGCGGCGGGGGCGGAGGCGGUGUUAGUGUCGGUGUGAAUGGGAGGGAAACAACAAACAGUGAGCGUGGUGGCGGUGGCGGCGCCGGUGUUGUAGUGCGAUUGUUCGAUGAGAGUAACAACUUCAAGGCUCAGGAACUCGAUCGCGAGAGUGUGAAAGAAACGGUUGAUUUAACGAUGCAUACGCUGGAUUGGACCGCUGAAUUCGGCUCCCUUUCGACGGCUAUCAUCAUCGACAUGUGGGAGUCGGCUGGCAUCGGUGAGCCGAGGAAGCUUUUGCAAGAACUUGGCUUCUACGGUGAGGAGAUUCAAGUCACCGAGCUAGUCGGGGCGCUGGAAGAAGAACUUCAGCGACUUGGGGGAAACAGUGAUACGUCCGCUAUUGUGAGGUAUGCUUGUUUAUUUUUCUUUUCUCAGGCCUCACUCGCGCUGCACAAGGCGGAAGUCAGUGCCCUCCGGCAGGCGUUUGUCCAGCUGGUGGAGGAGAACAAGAAACUGUACUCGGACAACAAGGAGGUAAAUCACAGGGCGCUUCUUCUCGCCCAGGAGGUAGAUGAGAGACACAACUCGCUGGAAAAUACCACGCGAACCAAAAUACGACACUUGGAACAGCGUCACCAUGAAACCAUUAAAGAAAUCACCUCACAGCUGGCGAGCGAGAGAGAGCAACUUUCGUGUGCGAAUGUAGCACUGGAGAAACGCAUUCAAACACUCGAGAGCGACGAGGGAAAGAUGAAGCUGGAGAUGAGUCGACUUUCGGAAGAGAACGAAGGCUUGCGAAUGGAGCAGGAAACUCUCACCAGGGAGCUGACCGAUCUGCUGGAGAAGAAUAUCAAGCUGAACAAGGAUAUUGCCGAGCUGGAGGAAAACAACAGGAACGAUUUCGAUUAUGUGUUUAGUCGAAAGGAGGAAGAUCCGGAGAUCCUCAAGUUGAUAGAGAAAAUGUCUCUACUGCAGGAUGAGAACACGGAUCUCAGAGAUAAGAACGAUGAACUGAUUGCAGAGGUUGAAAGUUUGAACGUGGAACUGGCCAAAUUCAAACUUAAAAGGAGCAGUAUUAACAGGACCAGCUCGGUGGAAGUGUCGCCGGUGGUUGUGGAAACUACGGCAGGCGCUGGUGAAGAAAAUGCAAGUGCCGCGAGGAAGCGUCAGGGCGAUUCACCAAGCAAGGUGCGCCUGUCGGACGAAAGUCCGCGGUUAGGUAAAUUCCGCAAGUGCAGUAGUGAUUUGGAGAACGAAUCGGACUCCAGUGGGGACUGGAUGGCGCUCCAUUCGGAGUUGGGAAUUCGAAUGGGCAGUGCAGUAACAUCAUCGGGAAUUUCGCAGGAUUUUUCUAGUAUUAAUGAUUCGAACAUUAGUCGAGAAGACGAAAACCGUCAGCUGAAGGCUAAAAUUGCAGAAUUGGAGAAGAAAUUAGAGGGGAUGAAGGCCUCCUCGGAUGGUAAGACUGAAUCGGUAGGUGAAGAGGGCGACGGUUCCGAAGGGGAGAAGUUGAAAGCUCGAUGUGAAGAAUUGGAGGCGAGCUUGGAGCAGAUGAGUAAGGAGUAUGAAGCAUGUGAAGAUUACUGGCAGGAAAAGGUCAACGAGGAGCGGCAGCUGUUUGAGGAAGAACAACGCGUUUCUGACGAGAGAUUCAAUGAGCUGCUUAAAAAGAUGGCUGAGUAUGAAGAGCAAUUUUCAGGGCAACCUGCGGGCAGCAAAAGUGACGACGGAAGACUUUCGCCGAUCGAGGAAAAGGAUAUACUCGAGCAGCAGUAUUUGGAUCUGGAGGCCGAGUUGCAGCAGUCGCAGCUGAUGCUCGAACAAAAAACCAUCGAAGUGGAAAAGUUGACCAGCAGAGUUCUCGAGUUGGAGGAAAUGAACAAGUACCGAUCGGAAGUUACACUUGCCACGCCACCACCUCUCGAAACACCAGACAUGGAAAGUCCUGCGUGUUCACCGAUCAGUUAUCUUUGGAAUCAAAGUACAAUUCAAGCUCCAGCCACGCGUGAUUAUCACAACCCGAACUGGAGCCACCCGGUGAAGGGGAGCAGCCCUUCGGGUGAAACGACUGCUCGUGACGAUGAUGGCAAGUUGAACUGCUCAUCCCAGUCGAAACAAAGCGACGAUUUGGCGCCCGAUGGAGACUCUGGUUUCAACCCAACCGUUUCACCCAUCCAGAAACCAUCGACAUCGGUGGCGCAUACCACCAGCGAUGACAAUCACGAGCUGGGCGACUGUUCCGAUGUGUGCUCGGUGAAGUCUGCCAAGAGUACGCACAGCUUAGCGUCCACCCAUAGCAUCCAUAAAUCCGUGUCACAAACAGACGUGGCGAUGAUAAGCCAGGAACAGUUGAAACAAGCGCGUCUAAUACAGCUUCAGCUGGAGGACGAAAUCAAAGAGUUGACCCACAAGCGGGACUGCUUGAAAAUGGAGUUCCAACAGCUGAACGAAGUGAAGCCAAUCCUGGAGAGAGCUUACACCAAAACGACACACCCGAACGUGAACCAGAAGAUACAACAUCUGGAGCAGAAGAAUCGUCACUUGCAGAUGAUGCUGAGACAGCAGCAGACUUACUCGGAGGAAAUUUUCCAUCGAGUAUGGCAGCAGCAGUGCAGCGACAUCAACGAACUUCGCCAACGAGUCGAGGCGCAGAAUAUGCACUUGACCGAGCAGGCGUCGAAGCUAAUGAAAAACGAUAUGCUCGUUAAGGAUUUGUACAUGGAAAACUCGCGCCUUGUGGCGCAGAUCCAACGGCUCGAGCAGCAGAAAGCUCGAGCAACGUUGCUCCAGCAGUUCUCCCAGGCCGCGGCAAACAGCCAUCAUUCGUCACAUCACCAGAGUCACCUCAGCGGUAUAGUUCCCGGGCUUCCCUAACGGCGGCGGCCGUCGGCAGUCUGUGGGGUCGUCUCCGGCAGCGGGGGCAGAGGUCGUUGGGCGUUUUUUUAAUGUGUCAUAAUUAUAAGAUUGCGUUUUUAUUUCCGGGCCUCAUCGCGGGAACAGCAAAUGUGGUUCCACUGUGUAUGUGUACGUGUUUGUGUGAGGAUGUGAGACACUUCCAAAACUAAUCAUUUUCAAAUGAUACAACGCACCAAAAACAGCAAAUUCAAGAGCGAAUGAUGUCUGCUGAAUUGGAUUCAGAGAUUCUGUUCCGAUAUUUAUAAUCCUUAAUGUUUAUUUAUACAGGAAUUUAUACACCUUCCGCGUUAUUGUGCAACGAUGCACCAUUAUUACAGUACUAAUAAUGCUUCAUUUUUAUAUCUGAGUAGAUAGAAUCAAUUCCAUUUCUUGUCAUAGUCGUGGACGGAGAGAUUUUAAAAAUAAGCAAAACUAAGUUAUAAUAGCGGACCUAAAGAGCUAGAAACUCGUCACAUUUAUACUCAUAUCUCUAUAAAUUUGAUCGUAGGUUUUGUUUUUAACCAAGUAGGGCGUCACUAUUUUCCGCGUCUUUCUAUUCUAAAAUUUACAAUUUACUUCCCAUCGAAGGUUUCCUUAGUUCAAGAUACUCACUAGAGUUUGAGAUGAUUGCGUGAAAAGACUUUUUUUUCGUAACGUUGCUUUUGAAUGUAUCCUAUAACCGACGGCAGUCGGAACAAGAUUGGCCUUAUUGCAAAAUGUUAACUAUAGAACUUCGGUUCAGAUGUUUUUCUAUACAGACAUUGUCACACAUUUUUUGUGAUAGGCAUUUCACUUUCUCGAAAUUUGGGUUCCUAUUAAUUUACGCACCCACGAAUGAAAAGCAAGAGAAAAAUACUGUCGAAACCAAACACGAAAAUGUGAUGAAAGUUGUGUUUGUGAAAGCUAAACGCGAAGACAGUGAGAGUGUAGCAGCAAACGAAUUGUCGUUGAGCUGAUAGAGAUGUGAACGUUGUUAGGAGACAGUAGUCACGCAGCGUUGGCGGCUGCUAUCGAAGAUGUGAAACGGUAGAAUUAGUGUAUUGUGGAACAAGACAGUAAUUUGUUUUCCCAGCGAAUGUUGUUUAAUAAAUUUCUGCUUCUGGAUAAGUUAAGCUGUGCUACGUUCAGCUGGUUGAGAGACAUAAA